UUGUCUGCAUGAAAUGAGCAUAACUAGGAAGUGGUCCAGGCAAAAGAUUUUACCAUGGUCUGUUAAAGUUGACUGCAGCUAGGAUGUAUGCAAUAAUGCUCUUGGUGCUCGUGUUUGCGACCUUGUCGGCGCCUCAGAUUACUAAUGCCGGACAAGCGACUAAAAUCCAGGCCUUCGUCGUGCCUCAUAGUCAUAUGGAUGUGGGCUGGGUGUACACAGUGAAGGAGAGCAUGCAUGCCUAUGCUGCUAAUGUUUACACAACUGUAACAGAAGAAUUAACUAAAGGACCACAUCGUAAAUUCAUUGCAGUGGAGCAGGAGUUCUUCAGAUUAUGGUGGGACACAGUUGCCACUGACAUGCAGAAACUGCAAGUACGUCAGUUACUUGAAGAGGGGAGACUGGAAUUUAUAAUUGGCGGUCAAGUGAUGCACGAUGAAGCAGUAACUACAGUGGAAGAUCAGAUUUUGCAACUUACAGAGGGUCAUGGCUUUCUGUAUGAGACAUUUGGGAUAAGGCCUCGGUAUUCCUGGCAUGUGGAUCCAUUUGGAGCAUCUGCUGCUACUCCUGUCAUUUUUUCACUAGCUGGUUUUAAUGCUCAUGUUAUUUCUCGGAUAGACUACGAUCUCAAAGAAGAAAUGCAGAAAAAUAAGACACUACAGUUUGUAUGGAGAGGUUCAUCAUCUUUAGGUAAACAUCAAGAAAUUUUUACACAUACAAUGGACCAGUUUAGCUACUGUACACCAUCUUACUUGCCCUUCUCGAACAGAUCAGGUUUUUAUUUUAAUGGAGUGGCCAUGUUCCCUGAUCCACCAAAGGAUGGUAUUUAUCCCAAUAUGAGUCUGCCUGUUACUGAAAAUAACAUUUAUUUAUAUGCCAAGACUAUGGUUAACAAUAUUAAACAAAGAUCUGCAUGGUUUAGAACUAGCCAUGUUCUUUGGCCUUGGGGCUGUGAUAAACAGUUUUUCAAUUCUUCAGUUCAGUUUCAAAAUAUGGACCCACUUAUAGAAUACAUUAACAAAAACUCUGAGUUGUUUGGUGUGUCUGUUCAAUAUGCUACACUGAGUGAUUAUUUCAGUGCUAUCCACAAUUCCAGUCUCUCUUGGGAUGUACGACUUAAUGAAGAUUUUCUUCCAUAUUCCACAGAACCUUUUCAAGCAUGGACUGGAUUUUAUGCAUCUCGAAAUGUCUUGAAAGGCAUGGCUAGAAGGGCAAGUUCUCUGCUAUAUGCUGUGGAGUCUCUUUUUACUCGGUACUUGCUAAUGUAUCCAAAAGGGCCCAUUGAUAAAGAAUGGGCUUUAAAACAGCUGCAGAAUCUCAGAUGGGCAGUUUCUGAGGUACAACAUCAUGAUGGUAUAACAGGUACAGAGUCACCCAAAGUUUGUGAUAUGUACAUAGACCACUUAACACAAGGGAUGAUAGCCGUUAAAGAAUUAAUGGCUGCUUUGCUGAUUAUCCCAAGGAAACCUUUGAAAGCUGUCUAUCAAAGUUCUAGCAGCAAUGGUGAUCAAGAUCUUUAUCAUUAUGUCUUAGUCUAUAAUCCUUUGGCAUGGAAUAUCACAACAUUUAUCAGUAUUAUGGUGGCAUACCCAGUGGCACUGGUUUAUGAUGAGGAUGGAAAUCCUGUUCCAGCACAGAUACAAAAAUCCAAAGAGUCAAUUGACAUGUAUGAUCUCUACAUAUUUGUGAAAUUAGUUGGACUUGGCUAUAAAAAAUACUCAAUUAAAUUUCAGUCAUCACCAUAUGUCAAACAGUUUAACUGCCUGCCAACGUAUUUAGCAGAAAUUGUACAGUUUGACAGGCAAAGUCUUAAGAAUUCAAAGAAAAGAGGUCUUAGACUGCUACCUGUUAUGAAUGAGUGUUACACUUUGAUGUUUGACCAAGCUUCCAAUCUUCUGUACAGUAUAACAAAUAGGGAGACGGGAAAAACAUUAAAAAUCACCCAGGAUUUCCUGGAAUACCAUGCUAAUGGAGAUGUGUAUCAAGGACCAAUUUCUGAUAAUUACAUUUUCACCAGUAAUGGAUCAGCAGAAUCUGUGUCGAAAGAUGUCAAAAUGGAAAUUGUUAUUGGAAAACUAGUAACAGAGAUAAGGCAGUACUUCUACAGUGAAAAAUCUGAGCAAUGCAGUUAUGCCAUUUACACACGGCUCUAUAAUGUCCCUGCUGGAUAUGAUGGUGUGGGGAAUGAAGUUUGCCAUAGAAUAGAGCAAGAGUACAGAGUUGGUCCUCUGGAAUUAAAUAGAGAAGCCAUUCUUCGGACUUACACUGAAAUAAAUAAUGAGAAAACAAUCUUCACUGAUAAUAAUGGAUAUCAAAUGCUUAAGAGACAGUAUAAAGCAUAUGUGAAUAAUACAAUAGCACGGAAUUAUUACCCAAUGGUACGAACCGCUUACAUAGAAGAUGACUCCACACGGCUUGUCAUUCUAAGUGAGAGAACACAUGGUAUUUCCUCUCUUGACAAUGGACAAGUAGAGGUUAUGCUUCACAGGAGACUUUGGAACAAUCAAGAAUGGAAUAAUGGUUACAAUCUCACUCUUAAUGACACAUCAGUUAUUCACCCUGUUCUUUGGUUAAUGGUGGGUGCAAAACCAGCAAUGACAGCCUUAUAUUCUAGGAGUGCACUAUCCUUGGAACACCGACCCAUUGUUAUGGUGCUUAAAUCUUCAGAAGUGAGUUCCGAAGAUUCUCAGACAUUUUUUAAAAGUACUCUUGAUUUGUCAGAGCCUGUCACCGUCCCUCUAAAUGUUCAUGUACAAAGUCUGAGUAUUCCAGGAUGGAGGUACAAUUCUAAUCACAAUGAACAUCUGAGAAAUAUUUUUCAAGGGAAUAUUAAUGAAGCUGAAAGAGAUUUCAACCGAGUAUUGCUCAGAAUCACUCAUUUGUAUGAACAAGAAGAAGAUCCUUUACUCUCUCAGCCUGCAGCUAUAAAUAUUCAGAAAAUGUUAAAACCUCUGGGAGUUGUGUCUUCUGUUGAAGAACGCUCCCUUACGGGAACUUGGGAUUUAAAUGAACUUCAGAGAAUGAAAUGGAAGACCUCACAGAAUAAAAGCAGAGGCUUCACAAAUAGAUCAAAUGUAUUUUUACAAGAUUUCACUGUAAUUAUAUACCCAAAGGAAAUAAGGACAUUUUUUGUUUAUUUUCAACAACAAACACAGAGGUCUGAAUAAAACUGUAUUAUAUAAUCAGUUCCAAGAAAUGAAAUGGCCGUGCUGUUACAGGUCUAUUUCUGAAGGAAUUCAUGGAUCACUGCAUAAAUUCGAUUUCUAUGCUUUCAUUUCACUAAUAUUUUUGAAACAGUGUUAUUCAUUAAUGAUAAAAGUCAAAUAAUCUUUGUAAAUACAAUUAAUGUUGUAAUAAAAUUAUGUUGAAAAGAGAAAAACAA